AUGAUCCCCCUGUGGCCUAUUAUCUUGCUUUUUUGUUCUUCAGUCUACUUUUACUUCAACCCACCAGGGGAGAAGUCAAAUGACAUUCCAACCAUCAGAUACAGUCACUUUUUGCCUGAUUUCGUCAACAGACUGAUUUUCAUCGUGGCUGCCCCUCAGCUCAUCAAACGUGGCUAUGACAAGUGUAAGAAUGGACCAUAUCGUAUUAUCAAGGCCGACGGUGACUUGGUCAUUCUGCCUGCGAAGUAUCUUGCGGAGAUCCGUCACAUUCCUCCUUCUAGGCUCAGCGGUGUCGAUGCUCAAUUCGAGAAUAUUCUUGGAAAAUACACCAAUGUCCUUGUUGAGAGCCACUUGCCAACGAAGACGGUUAUCAAGCGUCUUACUCCGGGUAUUGGUCGAGUCCUUCCUCGCAUUCUCAAUGAGCUGCAGUAUGCUUUCCAUGUUGAAGUUCCUGACUGUGAUGAUAAAUGGGUUUCGGUCAAUCUGUAUGACAUGAUCCUGAACAUUCUUACUCGCGCCACUUCUCGUGUGAUUGUUGGAGAAACCGUUUGCAGAAACCCGAAGUGGCUUCAGACUGUCACCAACUACACUGUCAACCUUGGAAUCACCGUCAUGCUGCUUCGCCCAUUCCCCGAGUUUCUACGCCCAAUGAUUGCAAAGGUCCUUCCAAGCGUCAAGAAGCUCCGGACUCAGCUGCGCUAUGUGCAAAAGGAACUGUUCAUCCCUAUGAUUCUCUCUCGUCGUUACUCAGAGAAGAAUGAGCCUGCAUAUGAGAAGCCCGACGACUUCCUUCAAUGGAUGAUGGAUCUUGCAGAGGAUGAUUUCGACAAGGACCCAGCGAAUCUUUCUCAGAACCUACUAAUUGUCAUGAGCCUUGCAGUUGUGCACACCAGCACUAUGUUGAUGACUCACACGCUCUUCGACCUCAUAAUUCGACCUGAAUAUGCUCAAUCUUUGAGAGAAGAAAUCGCUGCUACUUUGCCUGACGGUUGGGACAACGCUACUCAGGCUGCAUUUGCUUCUCAGCGUCGCUUGGACAGUUUCAUGCGCGAAUCUCAGCGUUUCAAUCCUACUGGCGAAUUAUCCACCCAUCGCAUGGUCAAGGAAGAUAUGGUACUCUCCGACGGUCUGGUUCUCAAGAAGGGCACCCACAUCUGCUUUCCAUCGAAGCCAAUGGGCAUGGACUCGUCCAUCGUCAAGGAUGCUCUGACCUUCGACGGUUUCCGCUGGUGCGACGAUCCGGAGAACAAGAAUGCCAGUCUGGUUAGCAUCGGCCCCUCGAACAUGCAUUUCGGCUACGGAAGACAGGCUUGUCCUGGCCGCUUCUUCGCGACGAACACAAACAAGGCCAUUCUCAGCAGGCUCAUUGCGGAUUACGAGUUCAAAUUCGAGGAUGGCAGAAAGACCAGGCCAAACAACAUUCUUCUGGGCGAGCAGAUCAUGCCGAAUAUGUACACGAAGGUGCUUAUGCGCAAGAGGGAGUUUGUCUAA